AUGUCUUCCUCCUCCUCCGCCCUUCCCUCCCAGCACCAGCUGACUGACAUCCUCAAAAUCCCCCUUCAAGAAGACCACUGCUGCCUCGGCACCUCCAACUCCUUCAAUCGCCGCUGCCACAACCUGGUCCAUCGCCGCCACCGUCGUGAGGCCCGCCAGCUGCUGGCCCAAGGCAGCCUGCGUCUCCAGCAGGGCAACCCGGCCUCGUCGCUGGACCCACUGCUCACCGAGCUGGCUCCGCUGCUGCUCUGCACCGGCGCCCAUCAGCACCAGGCCCCGACCCUCGUGGCGCAGUGGAAGGAGAAGCUGCUGGCCCACCAUUCGAACAUGAACCGCCCCGUCGUGCAGGCCGGCACCGCCGUGGCCCUUGCACCGGCCCCGCGUCCGGAUGUCCUCGACCCUCGCUCGAGCGGCGAGACGGCCGGGGUGACUGUCAACGCAGCGGCCGCCCUCGUGUCGCCCUCCCCCAUGCUGCAAAAUAACCACCACCAGCAGCAGCAGGUGAUGAUCCGACAAACCCUCCGCUUCGCCCGCGACCAUCAACAGCCAGUCUUCCUCCCCCAGAGCCAGUUGGUCAGGGAAGAGUGGUGCAACAAUCUCACCCGGCCCCGUCCCGUGAAAGGAGAGUGCGGCAUCUGUCUGCUUCCGUACGCGGACGACCCUGCCGGAUACGACGACGUGGAAGAUGGGGAUGACUAUGACUACGGCUCGAGUUACUAUUCCCUCGCCCCCCCAGACUACGACCACGAGAACCUCACCUGGUGUCGCGCCUUCUGCGGCACCAACUACCACCGCAAGUGUAUGGACCAGUGGAUCGAGACCUUUGACGUCAUGGAGCCCACCUGUCCCACCUGCCGGAAGUUUUGGGUCGACGAUUAGCGCUGACUAUCUACCUCUCUACCGGAUCGUCGCAUGGCGGAGUUUUGCGCUUCUUCUUCUUCUUCUUCUUUGUUUCU